AUGACGAGCCAGUUCCUAGUGUGGAACGCACAGGGUGUGGCGAAUGCCCGCACCAAGAGGCAUCUGAGAUAUCUGAUUUGGGAACACAAGAUUUUGUUUGCAGCAGUGAUUGAACCACAGAGGACACCGCCAGCUCUAGGAAUGAACUUUCAGGGCCUUCGGUUUGUGGGAUCUAAUGAAAGUGGUCACAUUUGGAUACUUGCUCAUGAUGAUUGGACAGUGGAAGUGGUUGAUAACUCUAGACAGGCUCUCCACGUUAAGGUCUCUGCCGCAGUUUUACCAUUUCCGAUCUGCAUCACCAUUGUCUAUGGGCGGCAUACGAGAGAGACGAGACAGGAACUGUGGGAAAAGUUAGGAGACAUCUCGCUGACUAUGGAGGGCAGGCUGUGGAUAGUGGGAGAAGACUUCAACAUGUUCUUGACCAAUGAAGAGAUGCAGGGGAGUGACACAGACAGACACAGAGAUAUGAUGGAUUUUGCCAAUGCUAUUGCCGAAUAUCAGCUGAUUGACCCGGGUUUUGAUGGCCCAAUCUUCACGUGGCACAGGGGGGGGCUUUGGGAGCGGUUGGACCGCAUAUUGAUUGGAGAGCAUUGGAUAUCGGUUUUUGCCACGACGCGAGUGACACAUCUGACGAGAUUUAGCUCUAAUCAUGCACCACUUUUGGUGAGAUGUCAGUUCUCUGUCCAGACCACAAGACCGGCCUUCAGAUUUCAGAAUAUGACCAAGAAGUUCUUAAAGGUUUGGAACAGAGAGGUUUUUGGCAACAUCAUCCAGAACCUAAAGGAUGCAGAGCAGGCAGUUCUUGAGGCACAGAUUUUAUAUGAUACUGACCCGACCCCAGCACAUAAAGCCGAAUUUAGUAGAGUGUCUGUAGAGUUCAUCAUCACAGCCAAAAUGGAGGAAGAAUUUUGGAGACAAAAGGUGGCGAUUAGGUGGGCUAGUGAUGGAGAAAGGAACUCCAAAUUCUUUCAUGGCUGGGUCAGACAGAAGAUAGUUAAGUCGAGGAUACAUACGGUUGAUUUUGAGGGGCAUGCACUGACGAUAGAGACCGAGAUGAGGGAGUCGGCGGCAGCCUUCUUUCAGCAGCUUCUGACAUCGAAUGUUGGGGAACUUGCAGAACCUGACUUAUCUCUUAUCCAUACACUCCCAGACUCAGUUGAUCAGGAGGCUUUGUGUUCGGCGCCGCAGGAUAAGGAGGUUAGAGAUGCAGUUUUUGGGAUCAGUGGUGAUAGUGUGUCCGGGCCGGAUGGGUUGUUGUUGGAGACUUCUUCAGUGGGGCUUUUAAGCCCCGAAGUUUCACGGCGACCAUGA